AUGUCUAUUCCACCACCACCUCCACAAAAUACUACUUCAAACACCAAUUUAAAUUCAAUUACUGUCAAUCCACCAAUUGAAUUAUUAGUCGAUGAAUUAUAUAAAUGUGCCCAUCCACCCCCUUCUUACAGUAAAGCUACAAGAAAUAACAACAAUUUAUCUACAAUUAGAAGAGCAUUAUCUGAAAAUCAACCAAGAGAAUUAACGUUUAUUUCUCCAUUUGGAGGUUCUUUAUGUAGAAUAUUUCCUUCUUUAUCAACAACAAAUAAUCCUCCAACAGAAGAAUCACCUCCAAUUUAUACCAGAAAUGUUUCAGAAAUUGAUACAAGGGAAUUUAAUUCAAAUAAUAUAAAUUAUUGUUGUUGUAGAAGUAAAUAUAAAUUAAUUUUAAUUAAAAAUAAUCAUUUUUUUAAUUUUUUAGCAUUUCAAUUUUUACAUUUCCAAUCACCAAACAAAAAACGUUUCUUUUCUGGUUUUAUCUGCUUUCUAUUUAUUUUAAUAAUAAUUUCUUUAUUUGUAAUACUUGAUAGAUUGCUUUUGGACUAG